UUCAGAUUUUUGGAAAUAGUUUACCUCAAGUCGGCUUAUAGUCAACAUUUAAAAUCAACAAAAAGCCAUCCUAGAAUAGUCGACUACAAUGUCGACUUUACAAGUCGACUUUAAGUUGACUAUUAGUCGUUAAGCUGUCACGCAUGCUGUGUGGAAUGCCAUACACCAUUUCAGCGUGUUACUUCCGUAGUAGUAAGGUAUCUAAUAAUACUUCAAUCAAUAGGCGAGUUCAAGACGGUAAAGCGGCUAGACAUGCUUACCGAGCGAUUGAGUAUGAUUGAUUGGAUCUAUAAGUAACAAUUAUGCCCAUAUGCUCGGCGAGCAAGCUAGCUGCUUUGUCAACUUGAACGCGCCCAAUAUUAUUAAAUUAAAACAAAUUUGAUUUACUUAAUUAUCUAUUCUUGGAAUUCAAUGAACUCCGUAUGUCCGCUUUAUGAAUGAGACACUUUUAUUCAUAAAAAUCGUUUUUAUUUGCAACAUUACUCAGAACUAAUAGCAAGAGUAGGGAACAAAACGAAAGAUGAAGCAGUCAAGACGAAAACACAAUCGGGAUGAAUAAUGCGAAAAAUAAACGAACGUUCCAUGCACAAACGCAUCCAUACGUAAUCAUCUGAAGCAUGGAAUACAUAGUGUGACAAGAAUGCAUGCUAACAUUAUCAUACAUAUUAAGUCGUUUUUUCGAAAAAAUUUUAUAACAAUUCUUUGAAGGAAAAUAAACUCUUGUUUUGAAUAAUGCGAUGAGGUUUUCUAAUAAAAUUUGUAAUAAGUAAGUUAAGACUAGAUAAGACAACAGACAAUAGUGAAGAUAAAAUUAAUCACAAGUUUUUUGCAAUGCCCUUUAUAUCACUUUUAUCAGAAAAGAUAAAAAAAUUUUUUUAAAAAGACUCCUUAAUACACAUGGCAUAUAAAGGGAUUAAUAAUCUUAGGGGAUUCAUCAGGGAUUAUAAAGAUGUUCGUCCCAAGCUAUCUCACACAGACGUUGUAUAUAAAAUUGAUUGUCGAGAUUGUGAAGCAUCAUGUGUGGGCCAAACAGGUAGAUGUUUGAAGAUACGCAUAAAUUAACAUAAAAAUCACAUAAAUUGGAACACUAUACAACAUUUCGUAAUAACAGAACACAGAAUUAGUCAUCAACAUGAUUUUAAUUGAGAAAAUGUCAAGAUAUUAGACGAAGAAAAGGUACUUAAUAAAAGACUGAUUUCGGAAGCGAUCCAUAUAAAGCAACAGAAACAGAGUUUGAAUUUACAGAAUGAUACGUAUUCUUUAGACCCAUUAUACAUGAAUUUGUUUAUGGAAUUAUGAUUUUACCCUCUUUUGUUCUUAUUUUUAUUUUAAUAACUACAUGACUUUAUUAUUUUGACUAUCAUUGUAUCUCUGAUUAUCGACACCACAAGACGUCGAGUCACGAGAAAACGCUUACAUGUGAGUUGAUAUAAUUAAAAUUCAGACAAAUGAUUUUAAUAAUUCUCUAAUGUUUUGGUUUUCGUGUUUCUUUUAAAUGACUACACAGCAAAUCUGACAAUCUGAUGAGCGAUGUGAUUCUACUUAGUGACGCAUAUAUAUGACUUCGGUUUUACUUUAUAAUCAAGCGCCCGGUGGUGGUCUAAUAUAUCCGGGUACUAAAUGGUGUGGACCAGGUAACGUGGCCAGUUCCUAUAAUGAUUUGGGCCAACACUCGGUCGAGGAUGCUUGCUGUAGGGAACAUGACCAUUGUUCAACCACGAUAGCGCCGCAACAAUGCAUACACGGCAUAUGCAAUAACUCGCCAUUUACUCGCUCACAUUGCGAUUGCGACGCCAAAUUCCGCAGAUGUUUACAGAAUCUCAAUACUGAGGUGGCUAAUACCCUCGGCGCGCUCUUCUUCAACGUGAUUCAGGUUAUCUGCUUCAAAGAAAGACGACCGUGCUCGCAGUGGCAAAGGAAUGGCUACGCGGAGGCUGUGUCCGAUCGAUUGUGCUCGCAAUACAAGUUCCGACCCAGUGACAAAUAUGUGCCCAUGAUGCCUCUGAGUAUGAACAAAUGAAUUUGGAAGCUCGGAGAGAAAGGCAGCCUUCGCUCGCGGAAAGAAAAAGGACUGAUGGCCAGUACGCGUCAUACAGAUUAUCAGAUUAUCGGUCGAGAAGUAACGCGUUAAUUAUAACGCGUCGUUAUCGUUAUUGAUACUUUUUUUCGAUAACAAUCAUUACUUUCUUCUGUCUAUUCGGUAUUAAUGAUAUAAAACAAAUCAAUUGUUACUUUUUAUCGUUACUUUAAUUCCCUAUUC